UAAAUCGGAUUCGGAGUCGAAUCAGUUACUGGACUUCCAAGUCCAUUGAAGCAUUGACAGCCCUACCGCCGCCCUUGACUCUUCUCUGUAUCAUAGUCGAUUCCUGUGUGUUAUUGAAUCGCCGGUUUACCAUCGUAGUCUGUUAAACUUGAAUCGCCGGUUCGCCACUAGGUUUUCAGGGUUUUGCGCAGAAAGAGAAGCGCACUUCUGAAACUUCUUCUUCUGGAUUCCAUGGCGUCUUCUCCGACAAAACGCCGCCGUAAAAGCCAGAGUGAAAACGAUUCAAUCGACGCUUAUCUACAAAAGAGCUCGCCUAUCGUGGUCUUCGCUCACAGCUGUGGAUCUCCCUCCACUUCAGAUUUUAUGAUAAAAUGGAGGAACAUGCUACGUAAGGCGUUGCAUGCUGUCGAAGUAAUUACUUUUGACUACCCUUAUAUCCAUGGCGCGAAAUGGAAGACACCUCCUCCUAAGGCAGAGGAAUUAGUUGACUAUCACUUGGAUGUUGUAAAAAAGGCUGUGUCAAAACAUCCCAACCAUCCGCUGAUUUUGGCAGGAAAAUCAAUGGGCUCAAGAGUGAGCUGCAUGGUAGCAUGUAAUGAAGACAUCAAUGUUUCAGCAAUAGUUUGCUUGGGCUACCCGUUGAAGGGUAAAAAUGGAACUUUGCGAGAUGAGACAUUGUUGCAACUCAAGAUUCCUGUCAUCUUUGUACAGGGUAGCAAAGAUGGGAACUGUCCACUAGAUAAGCUUGCUGUAGUUCGAAAGAAGAUGAAAUCUGCCAAUGACUUGCAUGUGAUUGAUGGUGGAGAUCACUCCUUCAGGAUUGGAAAGAAGCACCUGGAGUUGCACCACUCAACCCAAGAUGAAGCCGAGGAUCAGGCAGUCAAGGCAAUUGCAAUGUUUAUUGGUAAAACUCUGAAGAUAGUAGAGCUAGAGGCUGUUGCCAAGGACACACUUACUGUCUUCGGAAAAUGUCUUACAAGGGCAUCUGCACUAGAGGAUUUUGCCACGAGGCACAGUGGACAUUGGCUUAGGUCUUCUGUAGGCUCCAGGUUUGGCAGCAAUAGCCAGUCAGAGAUGCCCCAAUCAUCUGCCUCCCAGCCGCAUCUGAUCCAGCAAGGCACACAAGUCCAAAUGAAAUCCAACCAGCACUUGAGCUCCAGCUAUCCAUGUCUUCAACGGCAGGUCCAUAUGGGAACUGACCAUUUUCAGUCAAGCUCCUACCACCCACAUAUACAGCAGCAGGGCCACAUAGAACCGAGCCAGAUACAGUCAAGCUCUGACGAGACACAUCUAUCCCAGCAGGGUCAGCCAAGCUCCAGUUACCCACAGUCGCCUGAUUCAGUCAAUUCCCAGAGUUCUGUAGAUAUUGAUACUAAUCCUGUUAGCAUCCCUAAGACUCGAGGCCCUACAAGGUGCCUCGAUGUAUGGACUAUGCCUGAAGGCCAACACAUAUCUGUUGCAAUCAACAAAUAUAAACAGCCCAUUGGGUUUGGGGGAAGAAAGCUAACAACUUUCUUGGGCACAAUAGCACGGGAUGGGCGAAUUGCACCUCUAACUUAUCUUGACUGGAGGGCAAUGCCACUUAAGCGCAAGGAGAAUAUGUGGCAGCUUGUUAUGGCCAAAUUUGACAUUGACCCAAGCAGUAAAUCUUGGGUCUUGAAGUCCAUUGGCAAAAAAUGGAAGGACUGGAAGAGUGAACUGAAAAAAUACCACUAUUUGCCACACGAGUCUGAUCGGGAGCGGCUUGCUGACCGUGAUGGACGUGUUCUUCCUAAACAGUGGAAACUUCUUGUUGAGUUUUGGAACUCCGAAGAGGGGAAGGCCCGUAGUGCUACAAACAAGAGUAACCGUGCGAAGCAAAUGAUUAGUCACACUGCAGGUGGAAAGAGCUUUGCAAGGGUACGUGAAGAGGAGCGGGCAAAGAGGGGGGAAGAGCUGACACGAGCUGAGCUGUUCAUAUUGACCCAUACACGCAAAGAUGGGACACCCGUGGAUAAAGCCUCAUCACUAGCAAUUUUACAACUCAAAGAACAGCACUCUCAACAGUCUCAGGGAAGCAAUACUAGGAAUGACUUCUUCUCUCAAGUAAUGGGAGAAGAACGACGUGGCCGUGUUCGGACUUUUGGGUUAGGUCCCACUCCUUCUGAUUUAUGGGGCCCAACACCCAACCCUGCUGAGGCCUUAAAGAUAGCCUCUGCUGCUCAAAAGUCGGCUGAUGAGAAGGUACAGCAAAUGGAGGAGAAAAUGCAGGAUAUGCAGGCUACUGUUUCACGCUUACAAGUGACUGUGACAACACUGAUGUCCACCUUGAGCGCAAAUUUUCCCAACAUUAACAUGGCUGAUAUAUUAGGUGCAUCAACUAAUCCUUUAAACACAACGCAGGCUCCUGUAAAUGCUGAUAUUCCUGUGGAUUUGCCUUCACUGUGUGUGCAGUCUUUGUCAUCAAGCCACGAGGGUUCAUCUCCCUAGCAAUAGGGCGGCAGUGUCAUGCAAAGAAGCUGAAUCGAGCUGAAUGGUGAGCAGUUAUUGUUGCCCUCGAGGUUGAAAUCCCCUUCAAUAUUCCAAAAUGUGCAAGCUCAUGCUGUUGCAAGGAGCAUUGUGAACCAUCUUUUCUGGGUGUACAGAUUUGUUGAUUUGAACUCAACUUCUAUGUAAUAAGUUUCUUUUUCGUAAAUUCGACUUUCAGCAGGCAAACUUAUGUAUUGGCCAAUGAAUUAGCAGUGCAUUAUAUGGCAGGAUAAAACUUAUGUAUUGGCCAAUGAAUUAGCAGUGCAUUAUAUGGCAAGCAAACAAGUUUCUAAGGUUUUUAUGCAUGCUUCACCUGAAGGGGUGAAAAUUAUUAUUAUUAUUAUUUUUUGCAUCGCCCAGUCAGGAUAAAACUAUUUGCAAUAUUUUUUCUGAA